AUGUCAGCUCGACCGGCAGGACUUAGGGUAAGCGCGCACUGGCGGCCAGAUAACAGCGGCCAGGCCGCGGCGGCCACCGAAAUGUAUGCAUUUUAUUCGCAGUGCGCGCACUUGGCCGCAAGCGGCCAGCGGUCGCUGCGGCCAAUGAGAUCAUUGCGACGUAACCUGCGACCUGUAUUGGCCGCUGGCCGCCGCGACCACUGGGAUUCGAAGAAUUGUAGGAUCGUGCGCCAGUGUGCGCGCACUGGCCGCCGCAUUUUUUGGAAAAGUUUAUCAAACGAGGGCUUGUCCAUUCUUAAAUAA